AUGGCCGCCGCCCUCAACGAGGAAGACCUGUCCGUUUCUCUUGCUCCCUCGGAACUCGAUCAGUCGCGAGACCGCAAUCGCGAACGAGAACGAACGAACAAGACAGCAAGUUCGAACCCGUCCGGAAUGGCGAUGCCUCCGCCCUCGCGACCGACCGGCCGUCUCGACUCCACGACUCAGUCACCAGCCACAAUGCGCGACAUGCAGCGCCUUGAUCAGUACCAGACCGUCAAGAUCCUCGGUGAAGGUUCAUUUGGCAAGGUCAAGCUUGCCAUUCAUCAGCCUAGUGGCCGACAAGUUGCACUGAAGAUCAUCUCACGGCGCAAGCUUCUUUCGCGGGACAUGGUUGGGCGGGUAGAACGAGAGAUUCAGUAUCUUCAACUAUUGCGACAUCCACACAUCAUCAAAUUGUACACCGUGAUCGCAACCAAGACCGACAUCGUCAUGGUCCUCGAAUAUGCCGAGCGUGAAUUGUUUGACUACUUAGUUCGAAAGGGAAAAUGUGGAGAUGACGAGGCACGCAAGUUCUUUCAGCAAAUUAUCUGCGCCGUCGAGUAUUGCCAUCGACACAAGAUCGUCCACCGAGACCUGAAGCCCGAGAACUUGCUCAUCGACAGCAACAAAAGUGUUAAGAUUGCUGAUUUCGGACUGAGCAAUAUCAUGACGGAUGGUAACUUCUUGAAAACUAGCUGUGGUAGCCCGAACUAUGCCGCACCGGAGGUCAUUUCUGGUAAGCUCUACGCUGGUCCCGAGGUGGACGUUUGGAGCUGUGGUGUGAUCCUCUAUGUGCUGCUUGUUGGUCGCCUGCCCUUCGACGACGACUACAUUCCUGCUUUAUUCAAGAAGAUCGCUGCAGGCAACUUCCAUAUCCCAAGCUACAUUUCUCCUGGGGCGGCCCGCCUCAUACGUGCAAUGCUUCAGGUUCACCCCGUGCACAGAAUUACCAUCCCUGAAAUUCGACAAGAUCCGUGGUUUACCAAGAACCUACCGGCGUACCUUGAGCCGCCACGUGAAGAGUUCAUCGCUACAGAUGUCGAUCUGAGCAAGAUCGACCCUCGGAAGAUAGGCUCAGGUAAGCCGGUGCCUGUGCAGCAUAAGAUUCAUCAAAUUGCCGUUUCGAAGCUCGAACGGAGCAUGGGUUACGACCGAGAAGAUAUCGAAGAUGCAUUACGCCAUCCUGAGCCGAGUGCCAUUAAGGAUGCUUUUUCCAUCGUCGUUGAAAAUGAAAUGAUGCAGACCAAUUCGCCUACCGACGACACUUUGCUCGCCCAAAGUGUGUCUCCACCGCCCAAAGCAACCGUUUUGUCGUCCUCUCAACGCGCCCACACAGCACAGCGAACCCAGGAAAAGCCCGCCAGUGACCCAGAAGCCUCGAAUGUUCCUCAACGUCAGCACACGGGAAAACAGCCACCUCAAUCCGAAGACGUGGAAGAUUUCGAAGCUCCACGUCUCAGCCAUGUCCGGAUUCUUCCGACAAGCUUGCCAUACGUUCAUGAUCAACUCAUGGAACAACGGGACCGAGAGCUUAGAGCUCGUCUCGAGGAGCGACGACGUGAAGCAUCUCGAACGGAUGAAGAACGAUCUGGCUCUAACCGCCAGGAGUUAACUCUGGAGGAACAAGCCGCCACAGUGCGCGCAUUGAAGCCUCAUUCACGCAGCAUUGUCGAUUUGGAUAAGCUUAAGUUUGAACCGCCCAUUGGUCAUCCAAUUACUCAACAGCCGAAGAAAUCUCGAAAAUGGCAAUUUGGCAUCCGCUCACGAAAUCAGCCUUACGAAGCGAUGUUGUACCUGUACCGCGCUAUUGCUGCUCAAGGCGGCGUAUGGGACAUUCAACCGGUUGAUUCAGGGUCAGAUGUGAAUACUGAUGCAUCCAACUCGGAUAGCCCAAGGCCACUGCAAAGCAAAUAUCCCGACCUUCCGUCAGACUACUACAUUCCCAAGGAUCCCUGGUUCAUCCGCGCUCGCCUGCUAAAAGAAGGUGUUAAAGCUCCAGGCUCCUCAACAAGUGUCUACAAUAGUCGAAGCGACCUCGAAGAACUCCGUCGACGCUUCCACAUCUCCGGCAUCUCCGCUCCUGUCGAAGACAAGGAGAAGGACAUGAAAUCUCCUACCUCUGAUAAUGGCGGAAUAUCUGCACCUUCCUCUGCGACCCAAGCUUCCGGCUUACCCGCCAUCUCGCAUGGAGUCUGGGUGUUUGUCGAUAUUCAACUUUAUCAACUCGAAGAGAAUAACUACAUGGUGGACUUCAAGUGUGAUGGAUACCAGAACGUCAUCCGGCCUCAUGGCGAUACCGAGUGGCACCCUAUCAGCAAACGAUAUCUCAACAAAGAGAAGGAGAUCACUAGUCCAUACCCAUUCCUCGACGUGGCAUCUGACCUUGUCGCACAACUAGCUGUCGCCAGCUAG